UCAUCCCGCCAUUUGCCUUUUUAGCUUAAUUGUACAAAUUGUACAAUUAUCUACUUAACGAUACUUUACCUAUCAAAUCAAUACUUAUCUCUUAAAUUUAAUGAUGGUGUCUUUUGACUAUAAAACAGCAGUUACAACCCUCCAUGAACUACGCAAAAGUGGAGAGAGGAAAUCUGAUCUUGUUGUUACUUUAGGUGAAAACUUGAUUCACCAAGGCUAUGCUGGCAAACUCGGUGAUGAAGUUUGGGCGGUAUAUGAACAGAUAUUCAUCGCUGCACUUGACUUAGGAAAUGACACAUUGGCCACUAAAUGUCUUGAAAAUUUAGAUAAACGAUUUCCAGAAUCGCCUCGCGUAAAGAUCUUGAAGGGAAUGAAAUUGGAAGCUGAAGACAACCUGGAUGCUGCUUUGUCUAUGUACGAAAAUAUUUUACAAGACGAUGAUGCAAAUGUAGCGGCGAUAAAGCGCCGAAUUGCAGUAUAUAAAGCCAAGGGACAGGAUCAGCAAGCAAUUGAAGCUUUAACGAAAUACCUUGACGCAUUUUAUAGUGAUGCUGAAUCAUGGCUAGAAUUAUCAGCUUUAUACUUAAGUUUUCAUUUGUACCAACAGGCAGGAUUUUGUCUUGAAGAACUUAUUUUACUUCAACCACAAAAUCACUUUUAUCAUCUUAAAUAUGCUGAAAUUUUAUAUACUAGCGAUAAUAUCACCGUAGCAUUAAAAGAAUUUUGUCGUGUGGUAGAAUUGUGCGAGGAUAAUGUUAGAGCAUUAUUAGGAAUUAAAUUGUGUACGUCCCGUCUUUUAAAUUUACCUACCAGUGCUAUCACUUCAUCAGCAUCAUCUUCAACGAAUUCUUCAUUUUCUCUUGAUAUGAAGACGAUUUCUGAUUUGAAUGGCCUAGCUAAAGAACGUCUAUCUAUCAUAUAUUCAAAGAAUCAACGUGGUGGAAAUAGUGCGAAUGAAAUAAAAAUCGUCAUAAGUGACUGGCUUGUCAGAUAAUUCAAUUAAAAUGCGUUUCUUUAAUUUUCAAAUUACAUGAAAUUGAUUCCUAUUAAUCAUAAAUGCAUUUAAU